AUGAACUUGAAAUUACUAGUCGAUGUGGCGUAUCCGGCGCAAAUGGAAACGGCUGGGGCGCCCUCAUCAGAGCGACAUCCGCGUAAGUCCCUCACCGAUCCGUAUAUGCGAACGUCGGAUUACAUGCAUCGCGACCUGGCGAUUGGGACGAUGAUCGCCUGCGUGCUGAUCACACAACGGCGUGUUACGUCGCCGGCUGUACGUCCACGCCAAGUUAUAGAAUAUUCACCCCCGCGGGUGCUCUCGAGGUCACGCGCCAUGAACCAUGCUAGCUUUACGUGCAGAUCGGUGCACUAUCACAUGGGCCGACACUGGAACACGAAAACGCCAUCAUCCGCGACCCCCGCGACUAGGAUAGUAGAUACUCUCUCUAAUCGACGGGUACGAAAUGUUCAAGAAUUCGUCUACAUCGUGGUACGGCAGCGGGUGGGUAUAAAACGUGGCCUCGCAAGG